CCGCCCUCUGAGAGAAGCGUUUCCGUUAAGAUGGCUGUUGGUGCCUUUCCUAUCGCCAAGCUCCUUUACCUUGGUGUACGGCAGCUCAGCAAGCCCGUGGCCAACAAAAUCAAGGCCGGGGCUCUCCGGAGCGAGUUUUUCAAGACAUAUGUCUGUCUUCCGCCCGGGCAGCUUUACCACUGGGUGGAGAUGAAGACCAAGAUGAGGAUCAUGGGCUUCCGUGGUUCCACCAUCAAGCCCCUGAAUGAAGAGGCCGCGGCAGAGCUGGGUGCGGAGCUGCUGGGGGAGGCCAUCAUCUUCAUCAUCGGGGGUGGCUGCAUGAUCCUGGAGUACAGCAGGCAGGCGUCCAACUCCAAGAGGAAGGAGGAAGAGCUAAAUCACACCCUCAGCAGCUUGCAGGCACAGAUCGGAGAGAUGGCCCUCAACACAGAGACGCUGGAUGCCAGGCUGAGAGAAGUCAACAGGCUGCUGCUCUCUCUGCCGCCCCCGGUCCCCACGGCUCCGCCCCCGGCCCCAACGGCUGCUUCCACUCUGGCUCCCUCGUCACUGGAUCCCAGCCCAAAGUGACACCUGUGUGACUUAUGGUUGAUGCAGACCUGUGUUGUGAUUUGGCGAAGUCCUUCGUCAUGUCACAUGGUAACUCGCGUCUGGCUGCUAAAUGCUCCCCUAUGUAGUAUUUGGCAGACAAGACCAAAAAAAAAGAAAGGGGGUUAUGAUGUCACACCUGACUCAGACUUGCUGGCCAAAGCACUACACAGGUGUCUUCCCAGUCAACCAGGAAAUGUUUGGCAAUGAGAGGACUGUAAUGGCUACAUGGAGUAAGGGGAGGAGCCUAUGGCAUCAUUCUACCUGAUGCCAUAGGCUGAGGGUUGCCCAGUGAGCCGGGAAGAGCCUCAGCCCAGACGUGAUCUGAAGGGAAGGCAGCGGUUGGAGCAGCCAUGUGUGAAGAGGAUUCACUAUGACAUUCAUGGUGUGUUGUUUUUGUUUUUCUUGCAUAUGUGUUUAUUGACUGAUCACUCGUUUAAUGCGUUAUUUUAAGGUUGACUCAGCGAAAUGAUGUGGACGCAGAAAGUAAACGCCAACGGCUUAGUUGUUUGUUUGCCGCAACAACUAGGAGUGCUGCGCUGUAAAGCUUAACUUAGCCUCUGUUCUGCCAACGUGCCGGUGCUGUGCGUGGCUGGGAGAGAGGUCAUCCAUCUUGCACAUCUCAGUAUCUGUGGUGCUGCUAUAGGCAUCAUCAUUUGGCUUUGUCUACCUUAUAAAUGUACAAAAAUGUUGCACUACCUAAACAAGGGCAACUCGUUCAAGAUCUAAAAUUCCUGAUCACAUUUCAGUUAUUUCUGGUUGAAUGUAUGCACUUAAUAAUUGGAUUGAUUUGGCUUGGUGAUAGUGGGGUUAUUUUGUGCUUGGAACUGGAUUGUACCUUAACCUUACCAAGUGACAUCAAAUAUUCUUGGUCUUAUGAUAUUGGCCCCAGAUAGAGAGCAUGUUUUAUAUGUUUACUAAUGUGACACAAAAUAUUAGUAAUAUUUGCUGGGAAUAAUAUUGUAUAAGGUUGCAAGAUCAAAUCCCAGAGUGAGCAAGGUGAAAAAUCAGUCGUCCUAUAUUUGAGCAACACUGUUAACUCCAAUUGCUUCUAUAAUUUGCUCAGGAUUACAAGCUUCUAGUAAAUGACUCAAAUAUAAAUUGUAAAAAUAUAGGUGGGUAAAAAAAAAAAGCAACAACCCAUUCUAUUGAUUUGUCACAGGAUCUGGGUAAACUGUUGAGCAAAAGAUAACGACUGCCAAUGUUAAAAAAAUAGAUAUAUUCUUGACUCUUGACUGUGUGAAUCCCUUUCUUGGUCGAGAGGCAAAGUACAGUGCAGAGGCAUGAAGCAUAACGCUGUAAAUAAAUGUGUAAAAUAAAAGUUAAUUGUUCUAAUCA